AUGGCUGCCCGCGUAAACGCCUCCGUCCUCCACGGAGCCCGGGACCUGCGUCUCGAAUCCCGGGACCUCCCCCCUCUCGGCCCCGACGACGUCCAAGUCGCCGUCAAAGCCACCGGCCUCUGCGGGUCCGACCUGCACUACUUCGGCCACUUCCGCAACGGCGACAUCCUCGUCCGCGAGCCGCUGACCCUGGGCCACGAGUCGGCCGGCGUUGUCACUGCGGUGGGCUCUGCCUCAACCUCAACCUUCCAGGUCGGUGACCGUGUCGCGCUCGAGGUGGGCCAGCCGUGUGAGCGUUGUGAGCUGUGUGUCGCGGGACGGUAUAAUAUCUGCCGCGAGAUGAAGUUUCGCAGCUCGGCCAAGGCGGUGCCGCAUGCGCAGGGAACGCUGCAGGAACGGAUUACUCACCCGGCUAAGUGGUGUCACAAACUCCCCCCCUCGGUAACCCUCGAACAAGGCGCCCUAACCGAACCGCUAGCCGUCGCCCUCCACGCCCUCGACCGCGCCCGCCUGACAACCCCCAACCAAACCGUCCUCGUCUUCGGCGCCGGCACCGUCGGCCUGCUGUGUGCGGCACUCAGCAAAGCCGUGGCCGGCGCCCGCGUCGUCAUCGCUGAUAUCCAGCCUGACCGGGUGCAGUUUGCCGUGGAUAACGGGUUUGCUGAUGCGGCGGUUGUUGUGCCGAUGACGAGGCCUGAGACGGUGGAGGCGAAGCUGGCGUUUGCGAGGGAAGUGGCUGGGCUUGUGAAGGGGACGGUGGUACCGGGGGGGAAGGAGGGGGAGGUGUUUGGGGACGUUGGGGUUACGUAUGAAUGUACGGGGGUUGAGACGUGUUUGCAGGCUGCCAUUUAUGCCACAGCCCCCGGCGGCCGCAUCAUGCUCAUCGGCAUGGGCAACCCCAUCCAGACCCUGCCCAUCUCGGCUGCCGCGCUCCGCGAGGUCGACCUCGUCGGCGUCUUCCGCUACGCCAACACCUACCCGCGCGUCAUCCAGCUGCUGGCCAGCAAGGACCCCAAGCUGCCUGACUUUACCAAGCUCAUUACCCAGCGGUUUACCGGGUUGGACAGUAUCCCCAAGGCGUUUGAUAUGGCUGCCAGGGUGAAGGAUGAUGAGGGGAAGUUGGUGUUGAAAGUGAUGGUAGAUAUGUAG